UUCCCUCUGAGGGAAGGAAAGAGAGAAAGAAAGUUUAUAGAUACCGACAUUUAUGAAACAGAAUGUGGGUGUUUGCAAGCAAGGCUUUAUAAGUCAGUAAAGCCACUUUCUUCUUUCCAUGAAAAAUAGCUUGAUCCCGUGCAACCACGCCAGCAGCAUCUGCUUUAUUGUUAUUCUUUUUGGUUCUGGGGUGGAAUCUACAUAUAAAAGUUGAAAUCUUUGUUUCAUUUCUUGGUGGUGGAAAAUUGUUCUCCGAACUGAUUUAGUGUUAGGUUGGUCGUAAGUUUGCUUGGUGUAGCAGUCUUAUCUGAUCUGGUUUUGCGCGUGGUGGACAUCCAGACAUUCACCCUGGUCGAGACUUUUUUGAGUCCGCCACAACAAUUGUGGUUGCAGUUUCCUGCAAUUGUGAUUGCUAUUGUGGUUGCUUUUGUCUGCAAUUUCCCGUAUUCGUACAUUAAAACCUUGAUCAGGCUGGGAUAAAGUUUAUAUUGCCAAGAAGUGUUUACUCGUAGGAGGAGUGUUUUAUGCUUGGAGGUCUAAUAUGCUUGCGAGAGUGAGGGCCUUUUGAUUUCGAGUAAUUGGUUGAGAGAAAAAGGGAAAGCUGAAGGUUCUUUGGUGGGGCAAGAUAUGGCCUCUGGUGAAGGGAGGCGGCGUCAUCACGAUCUUGUGCCUCUUGCCGCAUUGCUCAAGAGAGAGAUGAAGAGUGAGAAGAUGGAAAAGCCUACUGUGAGGUUUGGACAUGCAGCUCAGUCCAAGAAAGGGGAGGAUUACUUUCUUAUUAAGACAGAUUGUCAGCGAGUGCCCGGGAACCCUUCAUCAUCCUUUUCUGUAUUUGCGAUCUUUGAUGGGCAUAAUGGAAAUGCUGCUGCUAUUUUUACUAGGGAGAAUUUGUUAAAUCACGUGUUGAGUGCUCUUCCUCGUGGGCUUGGGCGAGAUGAGUGGUUGCAUGCUUUACCCAGGGCAUUGGUUGCGGGUUUCGUUAAGACCGACAAGGAGUUUCAGAGCCGAGGAGAAACUUCUGGAACCACAGCCACGUUUGUAAUAGUGGAUAGGUGGACUGUUACUGUUGCAUCUGUUGGAGAUUCCCGUUGUGUACUAGAUGCCCAGGGUGGUGCUAUUUCCUCCUUAACUGUUGAUCACAGACUUGAAGAGAAUAUUGAAGAGUAUGUUUUUAUCCCUUAAGGCCUAAUUAGUUUGCUUAUUAUUUU